AUGUCAGAUUUUGAGAAGAGCGCUUCGCCAACAGAUGCGGAGCUCAGUCAUGACUCUUCUAAUCCUCCGACCGUCACGAACCAGAAGGUAAAAUGGUACCGAUCUACAUUUUACAAUGCCCUCAUUCUCGGAGUUUGUAAUUUUCUUGCCCCAGGUAUCUGGGGUGCUAUGAACUCUUUGGGCGGCGGAGGUGAAGAGGAGCCAUAUCUGGUCAACGCAGCAAAUGCAUUGACAUUCGGACUUAUGGUGGUCUCCUGCUUUCUAUCCAGUGUCGUUGUCCGUUUUAUCGGUAUAAAGUGGACUUUGAUUGUAGGCACGAUGGGAUAUGCACCCUAUGCGGCUGGGCUGUAUCUGAACAACCGAUUCGGCCAGGAGUGGCUUGUCAUCCUUGGAGCAGCAUUAUGUGGUAUUUCCGCAGGAAUAUUCUGGAUGGCAGAGGCAGCAAUCGCUCUUUCCUACCCGGAACCCUAUAACCAAGGCCGCUUUCUGGGGUUCUGGCUCAGUUUUCGCGUCGGGGGACAAAUACUUGGCGGUGCUAUCAGCUUGGGUAUCAACGCCAAGCGUGCGACGACAGGCAGUGUCUCUUACGCUGUGUAUAUCAUUUUCAUUGUCUUGCAGGCCCUGGGUCCAUUUGCUGGGUUUUUAUUAAACAAACCGUCGCAAGUUCAAAGAAAGGACGGCAUUCCUGUUAAGCUUCAGGUCACCAACAGUGUGGGAUAUGAGCUCAAGGCAAUGGUGAAGCUUUUUAUCAGCCGCAAGUUUCUGCUCAUCGUCCCAUUUAUCUGCCAAGCAGUAUACACGGAGGCAGUUAUGUUCUCAUACGAGGGUCUGUGGUUUUCUGUACGCGCAAGGGCUCUUGGAUCAUUCCUCUCGGGAAUAAUCGCCCUUACAAUUGGCAAUCUUCUGGGUGCAUUCCUCGACACCAAAUCUAUCUCACUCAAGACUCGAACUCGGGCUGCAUUCUUCUUUGUGGUCGGUUGGCAGGGAAUGUGUUGGAUCUGGGCCACGGUCAACACCACCGAGUUCAACAAAACAAAUCCCGCUUAUGACUGGCUUGACCCUGGCUUCGGAAAAGCCUUUGCCUUGUUCCUCUUCUGGGUUGCUGGCUUCCAGCUGAAUUACAUGUAUCUAUUCUUCUUGGUUGGGAAUCUGGCAGAUGAACAAGAAGAGAUUAUUCGGAUUGCAGGAUUAUUGCGCGGAACAGAGUCUGCUGCACAAGCUGUUAGCUAUGGUCUAAGCAGUAUUUCUAUAAUGGCUGCUGUGGGAAAUCCUUACCUAAAUUUUGGCCUGUGGGGUAUUGCUCUUGUCCCUUCCUGGUUUGUCGUGAAGCAAAUCGGACACGCCUUCGGGGACAAGAAGAUUGAGCGGGAAACACGGGCGCUGCGAGAUGUGUCCCAUAAUGAAUAG